ACACACACACACAUGUUGAGGGGGAGGGAGAGAGAAUGGGAGAGGAAAGAAAAUUUAAAUGAGAUUGGUUUUUGUUAUCAUAAUGGUCUUAGUUCACCUUUAUUCAUCCCUGAAAUUGUUAGAAGUAAAGACAAAUGGAUCCAAAGAUCAGUGAAAAGAAAAGGUGGAAGCUCAAAUAAAGGGAAAGAGAAUAUGGUUCCAUAUGAUGGGCAACCAAAAGGAAAUAAAUUCAUAGGGUCCAAUGAAGAGUUAGGACAUCAGGUUGAAAGUGAAUCACUUGCUUUAACUGCACCUCAUAAGCCAUUUGUUCCCAAGGUUCCAAGUGGCGUUCUUGCACCACUGUCCAAAAAACAAAAUACACUUUCUCCUGAAAGAAGUAAAAUAAUGCAAAGUCAUGAUCAUAGCAAUGAUGGUUCACUCAUGGACUUAGAAGACAACUUAGAAGAUGAGGGAGAAGAGAGUACUCUUUUAUUGGCUGGAAAUCACAAGCAAUUUGUUCCAAAAAUUCCAUCUAAUUUAAUGUUAAACCAUUCUAAGAAACAAAACACCAGCAACAUUUCUUUUCAUUAUGUCGUAGAAGAAAUUAUUUCAGAAGAGUAUGUACAGCAUUCAGACAAAUAAUGAAGUCUUGCAUUACUAAUUUUUCAUUUAGAAGAAAGUUGAAAAUGUUGCCUACAGUAUAAAGAGAAAGUGAUUUAGAAAUGCCAAUUUUUUUUUAUAAAUAACAGAUUCUUUGUUUAAAUAUUAUUUCUACCAUACAAAUUAACAACUUACUCAAAGUGUUUGAGCGGCACACAAUUACUCUUAAUUGCUUGGUGUUAGCUUACUCUGAUGCAGUCUUCAUCAGAGUGACAAGAUUGUAAGAUUUAAUUACGUGUGGUAGUGAGAGGAAGACCAAAAAAUAAAAGAGCGAUAUUUGAACAUAUAAUAUGUCAGC